AUGAUAUCAUAUAGUCAAUAAACAGGAUUAGGAAACUUGGGUAACACGUGUUAUAUGAACAGUGCCAUUCAAAUCUUAUGCAAUACGCCUGGAUUUGCGGAUUACAUUUUAAAUGAUAUUUAUUAAUUUGAUAUAAACUUAAUAAACCCAUUAGGAAGUAGUGGUGAGAUUAUUUAAAGUUUUGCAGCUCUUAUCAAAGAAUUAAAAAGCAGAAAAUAACCAUACAUCAUUCCAAAUUCAUUUAAAAAAACAUUCUCCAAAUUUUAUAAUAUUGUAAAAGAAUAUAUCAUUAAUAUUAGUAUUAUGGGAAUGAUUAACACGACUCAGCAGAAUUUCUAUUGUAGUUACUUGAUGCAAUAAACGAGGAUGUAAAUUAAAUUAAAAAAAAACCUUAUUUGAUCGUACCAUCAAGCAAAGGAAGAGAAGACUUGGUUGUUGCAAUUGAAUCUUGGGAUGUUCAUAGUCAAAGAAACUAAUCAAUUGUUACUUAACUAUUCUAAGCAUAGUUUAAAAGCAAAAUUGAAUGUCCUAAUUGUAAAAAUAUGUCCAUAACGUAAGUUUAUAUUCCUAAUUAGUUUUGAUCCAUAUAUGAUGAUCUAGCUACCGUUGGGCAAUAAGAAAUGUGAAAAAGGCAUUUUCUAUUAUUUAUUGGAUGAUAAAUAUAGAUAAUAGCAAAUGACUCUAAGUGUCUAUAAAAAUUAUAAUUUUGAGUGGAUUUAAAAUGAAAUUAGAAUAUAAUUAAGAACUUAAGAUUUAGUUUUCAAUUUAUCAAACUAAGUAAGAAAUUUUGAAAGUAAUUACAUGUUUAUAUUUAAUUAGUUCAACCUGAAGAUGAUAUUCAAUAUUUAAAACAAUAGCUUUAAAAUUCGAAAUUACUUGUUCGACGUAUGCAUUUUUAAGAAAUCUAAAUCCCGUAGAAUUAUAGAUGCUAUACACUUGUAACGCACACGAACCCUGAAUUUUAAAUAUUGACUGAAAUAAUAACAAUCAUUUUUGAUUUCAGAACAAAGAUCUUUGAGAUUUAUGAUUUUAUUGAAAAAAAUUUUGCUCAAUAAUUUCAAUGCUAAUUUGACUUAUUCUUAGAAUCAAAUUCUUAAGAUUCAGAAUAGCAAUGCUAUUUUUGUCAUAAAUAAUAUUGCAAAUUCUGUGAAUUGAAGAAAUGUUAACACAGUUUAAAAUAUUACAAUAAUUGCAUCUCUCAACCUAAUUUUUAAUUGAAUCUCAUUGUCAAAUGGUAUGGUUAAGGAAUUCCAACCAUGUUUAAUACAGAGUCUCAAAUUUUAAUGCUGUAAGAUAAAAAUGAUUAAUUAUCAAUUAAUAAAUCAUUAUUAACAAUUUAUGAUUGUUUAUACUUUUAUUAGCAACAAUAAUAAUUAGAUGAAAAUAAUUCAUGGUACUGCAAUUAAUGCAAUUAACAUGUCAAAGGAAUCAAAUAACUAUUAUUAUAUUCUACACCUCAAAUUUUGAUCAUUUAACUCAAAAGAUUUAAAUCUUCAGUUGACAUGACUUAGAAAAUAAAAAACAAUGUAUUUGUAAAGUUUCCACAUGUUCUUAAUAUGUCUAAAUAUGUUACAAAUUUAAAGGUAUUGUUGUUAUAAUAAAGUCUAGCUACCAAACGACUAUUUAAAUGGAAAUAACACAAAUGAAUUGAAAUAUAAACUAUUUGGAGUAAUUAACCAUUAUGGAGAACUUUAUGAAGGCCAUUAUAAUACAUUCAUUAAGAAUUUAGAGGAUUAGAAAUGGUAUUGUUAUGAUGAUUCUCAAGUCACAGAAAUUCAAUUGUAAGAUAUCAUUACUGAACAUGCAUAUGUAUUAUGUUAUGAAAGACAAAAUUGA